CUCUCUCAAUAACAUCUAUAAAUACCAAUCCAUUAUUCACCCUCUAGAGUCUCUCAGUUCACACCACUUUCAGCCAACCAAAAAAAAAAACUUAUUUGAAGAAUUGAAGAACAUAAACAAGAAGAAAGAAGAAGAAGAAGAAGAUUUUAUAGUUGAAUUUGAGAUCAAAUCAAUGGGGAGAGCUCCUUGUUGUGAGAAAAUGGGGUUGAAGAGAGGCCCUUGGUCGCCUGAAGAAGAUCGAAUUUUAACCACUUUUAUUCACAAUCAUGGCCAUAGCAAUUGGCGUGCUCUUCCCAAGCUAGCUGGUCUUUUAAGAUGUGGGAAAAGUUGCAGACUUCGGUGGACAAACUACUUGAAACCAGAUAUUAAGAGAGGCAACUUCACCAAAGAAGAAGAAGACACCAUUAUCAACCUCCACGAAUUACUUGGCAAUAGAUGGUCGGCAAUUGCAGCCAAGUUGCCUGGUCGGACAGACAAUGAAAUUAAGAAUGUUUGGCACACCCACUUGAAGAAAAGGCUCCAAAAGAACACCAAAAUCUCACCUCCAAAAUCCCAAAACAAACGAAAAAAUCAAACUAAACCUCAAAAUUCUUCACAUUCUUCCUCAAUAAUAAUAAUGUCUCCUUCCUCACAACAAUCUUCCAGCUGCGAGAUCUCUUCGGUCACGGAUUCUUAUGUAACUGAGAAUGAGUACUACAGCUAUGAGGCGGAGGAGGACGCGGUGGCUCUGGUGGAAGCUCUGCCGCUGAUCGACGAGAGCUUCUGGUCGGAGGUGGUAAUUGAGAAUGAGAUCAAUGAAAAUGAGAAUAAUGAGAAUGGUUCGAAUUCUAAUUAUUACGGUGAAGUGCAGACGGAAUUCCCAAUUAUGUCGAUGGAUCAUAUGGUGGAAUUAAAUGAUGAUGACAAGAGUAAUGGUCAAAGCCUUGAUGAUGACAUGGAAUUUUGGUACGAUGUUUUCAUUAAAGCUGGAGGAAUUUCAGAAUUGCCAGAAUUUUGAGAUGAUGAACCAAUAAUAAUGGAAAUUAAAAUUCCUGAUUUUGGAAGCAACUCAUUAUUCAGAGAAUUAAUUCGCUCGAGGAGGAAGAUCUUUGAAUUGUGGAGGUGAAAAUGGUGAGAAAAUUUUAGAGUUUGGAAGAGAUUUGGAGAUGUGAAUAGAAAGCUAGUCGUAAAUGGAGAGAGAGAGAGAGAGAAAAAGUUUCAGAUUCAUUUAUUUGGGACUUCAAAUUGGGAUUUGUAUAUUCUUUUUCAAGUGAAAAAAUGAAUUCUUUAUUUGUUUUUU